AUGGAGACGCCGGAGGAAUUCCUAGCUGAUUUUGAUGCCAACUUGGACAACCAGGUCGCUGAGGAGACCGCGAACUACUUCGACAACGUCAAAAGCUUCCAGGCGGCUCUGAAAUCAGGGGUCAUCGACAAGAGUUCAAGUGUCAGCGGACGCUUUUGCGUGUUGAAGGCAGCGAAGACGACCAACGGCAAGGGGACGCAAGCGUACUGCGUCAACUCAAAUCUCGCGUCUCAUGUCAAGGCGGUGGAGGUGAGGAUGGACCAAGCCGAUCCUGCUUUGGUAAAGCAGCGGGUGGUCCGUAUUACGCUUUGGGACCCCAAGCCAAAGCCGCCUGGGCCGAUUCUGCGUGUCCGGCGUGGCUGCAUUUACCAUUUCCGGAAGAUCCAUUCUGUGGAGGAUUACUACGGCUGGACCCAAGGCAGUCUUCAGCUGACAUGCCACGGGGACGAUUCGCUGGUGAAGCAGGUGACGGAUUUCACGCCGAGUAAGAGGGCUGAGAACGCUGCGGGGAACGAAGACGAAGAGAAGAGCAGCGAGGACCUGGACAUGUAG